AACGGGGGCUCGGGGUAGUGCUGUAAACGUCAUGAUCCUAAUCCAGAGCGGAAACUCCUCCCGAAUCCCAACUCCGGCAACGGAACGAAAGAAAGAGGAAUACCGAGGAAUCAGGAAACACGGAGAAACAAUGCAAUAAACGACUUAAUACAAGAAAUGCAGACUUGAAGGCAGCUUCCUGGUGAGUGAGAGAUAACCGUGUUCCUGGUGAGAUGGGGUUCGGUCAGGACUUGAGAAACUCCCACGAGGGCCUAAUCAAACUGCAGGACUGGGAGCUGAAGCUACUAGAAACAGUGAAGCGCUUCAUGACGCUUCGUGUUAAGAGUGACAAGGAGUAUGCAUCACUCCUCCUCAACAUUAGCCAACAGGUGGACAAGCAAGACAACUCCUCGCAGAUCCACUACAUCAGCACUGUCUCCAAGUCAUGGGCUCAGAUGGUACAGCAGACAGAACAGCUUAGUAAGAUCAUGAAGUCUCAUGCUGAGGAGCUGAAUUCUGGCCCACUGCACCGCCUCACCAUGAUGAUCAAAGACAAGCAGCAGGUGAAGAGAAGCUACCAGAGUAUACACCAGCAGAUUGAGUUUGAGCUGAACAAGGUUACAAAAAGUGACAUUGAAAAGCUGAAGGGUACAUACAGACAAUUAACUAAAGAUGCCCAUACUGCCAAAGAGAAAUACAAGGAGGCAAUUAUAAAAGGUAAGGAGCCAGAGAAGGCCCGUGAGCGAUACGACAAAGCCACCAUGAAGCUGCACAAUCUGCACAACCAGUAUGUGCUGGCAGUGCGUAGUGCACAGCUGCACCACGAGCACUAUCAUGAAAACGCACUCCCUCUCCUGCUUGAUUCUCUGCAGAAGAUGCAAGAGGAGAUGGUCAGCGCCUUGAAGGGGAUACUUGAGGAGUACAGUGAAAUCACCAGUCUCUUAACAGAUGAAAUAGUGAAGGUCCACAAAGAAAUACACACCUCUAUUGAUCAAAUUGAUCCUGCAUCUGAGUAUGACAACUUCAUUGAAGCGUACAGGUCACCUGAAACCAACGAACCUAAUGUAGAAUUUGAUGUCUCACUAUUAGAGGAAACAGAGAAUCUUCAAGCCAAUGAGAUUCUAUGGAAUAAUUUGACAGCGGACAGUUUACAAGCAAUGCUAAAGUCUACAACUGAGGAGCUUGUCUUGACCCAAAAGAGUCUACACAGUAAAGAGGACCUUAUGGUAGACCUGCAGAGCAAAAUUGAAGAGUACACCAAAAGUUGCGAGAAGAAGUCUGAUAAGGUGCUGUUGCUGAGUCAGAAGCAGUCUCUGGAGGAACUAAAACAGAUGGUGCAGCUCCUGCGCUGUUCAGAAGCCAAACUGAGCUCCCAGAAGGAGAUGCUGGAGCACAAGAUGCAGGAGAAUGAGGGCAAGGAACCUCCAACUGUGGUCAAUUAUGAGGAGGAUGCACGAUCUGUCAACUCAAUGGACAAAAGUAAAGACAGAAUAUCAAAGUUUGACACCCUCCGCCACUCUAUUGCUGGCAUCAUCCGUUCGCCAAAGUCUGUAUUGGGCUCAUCCUCAUUCAUUGAUGUGAUCCCUAUCAGUGAAAAACCAUUGGGGGAUCAGGAGUGGUACCAUGGGGCGAUUCCACGCACAGAGGCCCAGGAGCUGCUUAAGCAGCAGGGAGACUUCCUGGUUCGCGAGAGCCAUGGCAAGCCUGGCGAGUAUGUACUCUCUGUAUUCUCAGAUGCCCAGCGCAGACACUUCAUCAUUCAGUUUGCAGACAAUCAGUAUCGAUUUGAAGGCACUGGAUUUCCCACCAUUCCUCAGUUGAUUGAGUACCAUUACUCUACAAAACAAGUCAUUACUAAAAAGUCUGGAGUCACACUUUUAAAUCCUGUCUUGAAGGAUAAAAAAUGGAUUCUUAAUCAUGAGGAUGUCAUUCUUGGAGAACUUCUAGGAAAGGGCAAUUUUGGUGAGGUGUUCAAAGGAAUGUUGAGGGACAAGACACCUGUGGCUGUGAAAACUUGUAAAGAGGAUCUCCCACAAGACCUCAAGAUCAAGUUUCUUUCAGAGGCGAGGAUCCUUAAGCAGUACGAUCAUCCCAACAUUGUGAAGCUAAUAGGAGUCUGUACACAAAGACAGCCGAUUUAUAUAGUGAUGGAGCUUGUGCCAGGUGGUGACUUUCUGUCCUUUUUGAGGAAGAAGAAGGAAGACCUUAAGACAAAGCAGCUACUAAAGUUUGCUCUAGAUGCAGCUGCAGGAAUGGCCUACCUGGAGCUUAAGAACUGUAUCCACAGGGAUCUAGCUGCCCGGAACUGCUUGGUGGGGGAGAACAACCUGUUGAAAAUCAGUGACUUUGGCAUGUCACGUCAGGAAGAUGAUGGGAUUUAUUCAUCUUCUGGCCUCAAGCAAAUUCCUAUCAAGUGGACUGCACCAGAGGCACUUAAUUAUGGGAGAUACAGCUCAGAGAGUGAUGUGUGGAGCUAUGGGAUCCUGCUGUGGGAGACAUUUAGCCUGGGAGUAUGUCCUUACCCAGGCAUGACCAACCAGCAAGCCCGUGAGCAGGUUGAAAAAGGUUACAGAAUGUUGUGCCCACAAAAGUGCCCAGAUGAGGUCUACAAGAUCAUGCAGAGGUGCUGGGAUUACAAACCUGAAAACCGUCCCAAGUUUGCCGAAAUUCUUAGGGAACUCUCUUCAGUCAGGAAAAAAUAGCUCCAAAUUAGAUCAUGGCCAACAAGAUGAAGCCAUUCAUGUCGUUUCUCUCCCGUAUUUACAAAGAGAAAUACCCAAAUAUUUUUCCCUCAUGUCCAUUGCUACAUAUGAUACUAUUUUGCACAUUUUUUGUCACAUGACUGAAAGAAUUGCUGAUGCAGCAGUUGUUUUUGAGGCAAUGCCAGGGAGAUUGGUAUUUACUUUUCAUGUAAAAAAUGUCAGUAUUUCUACCAUGUACUGUACAUUUCUAUAACUGCAGAUAGAUAGUGAAUAGAGGAAAAGGUAUUCAAAAUUAGAGAAUUUUUAUGUCCAAGUUGCAUUCCACUUGCCAUGUUGUUGAUAACCAUGACACCAGAGAGAAACAAGGUUGACCAAUUGUUUUGCAUUUAUUUGACUGAUAUUUUUGCCACAUCCUCUUAAACACACACACAUUCACAUUAAGUGCAGUCAUUCUUUGUUACUUUGUGCUGAAUGGACUAAUGCAUAAUGAAGUAAAACCUCUGUCAGAGAUAACCUCUCUGCUUAACUCAAGAUUUUUCAUUUUAGAGGCUAUUGCACAUCAUUUUGAUAACUGGACUGCUACUGUUCUGCAUGGGCUUCUAAGCAAGUAAGAGAUCCAGAUGUUACAUUAUUAUGUGUGUAUUUUACUUUAAAGUUCUCUGAAUUAUCAACCAAAGCCAAAUAAUCUCAAAUAAUUUAUCUCUAUGAACGUUUCAGUUUGUGAUUAUUAUUUUAUGACAAUGUAUUUUGAAAAAUGAACUUGGAAAGUAAUUGAUGCACAAUUAGCUUCGGAAUAAUUACAUGAAAUCAUCCAUUGUCUACUGGGAAAAACUGAAAUGCCCUUUGCGGUUUAAUUCUCUCUUCUGAUUGUUAAUCUCUGCUACUUGGUUGAACAGUGCCUUACAAAUGAUUUCCUCUGAACUCCUGAGUAAUAAAUGAAAUUAUUACUUUUAUAAGGUGUACUCUGACCACAUUCAUUUGGUAUUUUGUAAAUACUGUUGUAGAUUCUAUAAUGUAAUAAUUUUGUAGGUGUUUUUUGUGCAAAUCAUAAUGAAUUGAAAGUGUCAAUGACUUUUUAGUUUCUGUGUGGCCAGGCAUCACUGUGUUCUCAUAUAAUAAAAACAUUUGCACGUUUGGAAUAUGUAAAAAUCAUCCUGGUGUCACCUAUAUUGUUUUGUUUGAAAGUGUUGGCCGUCUUGUGAAAUGUCUGUACUGACUGAUCCAAGCUCUUGACAGAGUUUAUAUCAUUCAGCACUGAUUCAUGUACUCAUUCAGGUUCCUCCAUCACAUGAUAGAAUACUACCAGUGGUUUCUGGUCAGAUGUGGUGACCUUACAUCAUUAAAACUACUGCUGAGUGAGGUCUUAUGUUUUCCCCUUAAUUUUAUAUUUGGAUACCAGACAUUUUAUUUAUUUCAAAUAACUGUUUUUCUUUGUAGUUUUCUUAUUUUUAUAUUGUUCAUCAUAUCUCUUACUGUCAAUGUAUGUUACGUGGUAUAUUGAUUUUAUCUCACUACACUGACCUGCCUAUUUUCUUACCUUGUUGCACCAUAUGACUUAAUAUUCCAGCUGUAGAGAAAUGCCAGUUGUCACAGUGCUGUACAAAAACAUAAUGCAUAAUAAUAUUACCAUAGUGAUUCAAGAACUAAUUUUUGGCUUGGUUGGGAAUUAUGUUUGUGAUGUGUAUUUAAUCCUAUAUUACUGGUGUUGCCAUUUAUUACCAUGUGUAGAAAUAUUUUCAUAGACUUAGCUUGAGUAUUUUCCCAUAACAGACCUUUUCGAAUUUUGAUACUUUGAUUGCACCUUUGGCCAUGUAGGAAAAUAUUCCAUUGCUAAACAUUCCUAUAAAGCUAAUGGUAGGACUGUAGUCAACCCCUACAAAUUUUAGAUGGAAUAUGCAUUGUUGUUUUGGUUUUUAAAUUAUGUUAAAUAAACUAACUACAAAAAGCA